CCAGGCGGGAAGAGAACGAGCAGCCAGGCAGCCCAGGGAGGACUUCUCGGAGGACUUCUCUUCCACCAGGAGGUCGGGAGGAUGCAGCCGGUGGCCCUGGUAUAUGCAGCUCUGAUGGUGGUCUCCAGUCUGUUCUCUGUGUGUGGUAACGUGGUUCUACUUCUGGUGGUUCUUCUCAACAAGGAGCUCCAUACCGAAACCUGGGCCCUGACCUUGAGCUUCUGCCUGAGUGACCUCGCCCUGGGUCUCUCAACCAUCCCCUUCGGAGCCCACAACAGCCUGCUCAGGCCACAGGGCUACCCCAGCGACGGGUACCUCUGCCAGGGCAGCGCCUUCCUCUACCUGCUCCUUCAGCUGGGCUCUAUCCACUCCCUGACCUGGGCCACCGUUGACAAGUUCACAGAGAUCUGCUUCGCCCUGAGCUACAGCACCAUCUGCACGGCCAGGAGGACCAGGGUGGUGCUGGUCCUGGUGUGGCUCUACGGCCUGAUCAAUGCAGCCUUGCCACUGCUGGGCUUUGGCCGCUACACCUACAGCAGCACCAGGUUCCUGUGUGCCCCUAGCUUCCAGCCAAACUACAGGGGCUUCAGUCUGCUCUUCAUAGUGGUCGGGAUCAUAGCACCCAUACUCAUCAUGUGCUCCAUGUAUGCGUACAUUGUGUAUAUUGCAAGGAAACAGGUGCGCCGAGGGACGUUUGUUUGCAACGACCAGCACUGUUUUUAUGUCCCUGCUAAAAACUACUUCAGGAGCUCCAUAGUGAUGGUGGCAACUGUGGUGUUGCUGCUGGUGUGCUGGCUGCCUUACAUCGCCACCUGUUUCUAUGAAACGUUUAGUGGCCAUGAACCGCCAGCAGCAACCUCAGCCGUAGCCACCUGGCUCGUCCUCUUCACCUCCUCACUCAACCCCUGGAUCAACUCCAUGACGCAGAAGCGGUACAGAGUGGCUCUGCGGAAAAGUUUGAAUAAAAUACGACAGCUGCUUCAGCACCGGCUGAUGAACGCCCACCCACAGAGCACCGCCAUCCAACUGGAGAUAGUGAGCCAUAAUCACCAUCACAUCGCCAAGCAAUCACUCUGGUCAGAUGACUCCAAGCCAGGUUCACCAGAGACUAGAUCCAUGUCGGAGGUGACCAUGGAGGAUAGUAAAGACACUGGGGACAGUAAGGGCAUUACACUGGACCAGGUCUGUCCCUGUGGAACCAUCUGUUAG